UUCUAGAAUCGUUGCGUGAGCAACACUACGUCAUCAAUAUUGGACGGAAGACGGAUCGUCACGUGCAGCCGUAGAAGGCUCCAGAUAAACAUGGCCACCUGUGUCAAAAUGAUAGGAGCUGCUAAACAACUGCACAGAAAUUCGGCUUUUGUUGCUAAACUACACUGGCCUGGCGUUGUCUCCCGCUUGACCGAGACAUCACCACUGAGCCGGCAACAGCCAGCGCGGUUCUACACCAGCAUCGGAACCCCACAGAAAACAUGCAUGUCCCCCACCACAGCACUGACAGCUGGCAGCAGGCUGACCGGCAGACCUCGCCGGUGGAUACGUGUCGGGGCCGUUCCACACUUCCAAGACAGUGUCCUCACCCGGAGCUGUGGACCGUAUACGCUUCAAUGUAGGAUGUAUGGAAACCGGGCAGGUGCGGGCUUCUCUGGACAGGAUGGCGAGGACGGAGCAAGCUCCGGGGGAGAAGAGCCUGGGGGAGACGGCGGAGCACCUUACAACGGGGUUCAGAUGACGGCUCUCACCCCCAUGAUGGUCCCCGAGGUGUUUCCCAAUGUGCCUCUGGUUGCCGUUAGCAGGAACCCGGUGUUCCCCCGCUUCAUCAAGAUCAUCGAGGUUAAAAACAAAGGACUGAUGGAACUGCUGAGGAGGAAGGUGCGUCUGGCUCAGCCAUAUGCUGGAGUCUUCAUGAAGAGAGAUGAUGCUAACGAGUCGGAUGUAGUGGAGUCUAUAGAUGCCAUCUACACCACAGGAACCUUUGUUCAGAUUCAUGAGAUGCAGGACUUGGGAGACAAGCUGAGGAUGAUUGUCAUGGGACACCGCAGGAUCCGGAUCACAAAACAGCUGCAGGUGGAGCCUGAAGAGGAAAUAGCUUCAACUGUGUCAGAGUUGGAGUCUGAGCCAGAGUCCCACCAGAAACCUACACAAAGACGCAAAACCAAACGCAGCCGCAAGGACCAUCUCAGUUCUCUGCCAGAGCAGCUUGAGGACAAGAUAUCAGAGGCAGACCUGAGUCCAGAGCUUCAACCUUUGCCCUCCUCCAACAUCCUGAUGGUCGAAGUGGACAAUGUUCAGCAUGAACAGUUCACCGUCACCGAGGAGGUCAAGGCGCUGACAGCAGAGAUAGUAAAGACCAUCAGAGACAUCAUUGCACUUAACCCCCUCUACAGAGAGUCGGUCCUUCAGAUGAUGCAGGCUGGUCAGCGUGUGGUUGAUAACCCCAUCUAUCUCAGCGAUAUGGGAGCAGCUCUGACGGGAGCUGAAUCGCAUGAACUACAAGACGUCCUGGAGGAGACUAAUAUCCCGAAACGUCUCUACAAGGCUCUGUCUUUACUCAAGAAGGAGUACGAGCUGAGUAAGCUACAGCAGCGCUUGGGUCGUGAGGUGGAAGAGAAGAUCAAACAGACCCAUAGGAAGUACCUGCUGCAGGAGCAGCUCAAGAUCAUUAAGAAGGAGCUGGGUCUGGAAAAGGAGGACAAAGAUGCUAUUGAGGAGAAGUUUCGUGAAAGACUGAAAGAUAGGAUGGUCCCUCAGCAUAUAAUGGAUGUGAUCAACGAAGAACUCAACAAGCUGGGUCUUCUGGACAACCAUUCAUCAGAGUUCAAUGUAACCCGCAACUAUCUAGACUGGCUGACCAGCAUGCCCUGGGGUACCAACAGUGAAGAGAACUUGUUACUGGACAGAGCGAAAGAAGUCCUGGAAGAAGACCAUUAUGGAAUGGAUGAUGUUAAGAAACGCAUACUGGAAUUUAUAGCAGUGAGCCAGCUUCGUGGCACCACCCAGGGGAAGAUCUUGUGUUUCUACGGUCCUCCAGGUGUAGGAAAGACCUCCAUCGCCCGCUCGAUAGCCAGAGCUCUCAACAGAGAAUACUUCAGGUUCAGCGUGGGAGGCAUGACAGAUGUGGCUGAGAUCAAGGGGCACAGACGGACAUAUGUUGGAGCAAUGCCGGGAAAGAUAAUUCAGUGUCUGAAGAAAACCAAAACGGAAAAUCCUCUGGUGCUGAUAGAUGAGGUUGAUAAGAUGGGUCGUGGUUACCAGGGCGAUCCAUCCUCUGCUCUGCUGGAGCUCCUGGACCCUGAGCAGAAUGCCAACUUUCUUGACCACUACCUGGAUGUUCCUGUCGAUUUGUCAAAGGUUUUGUUUAUUUGCACGGCCAAUGUGAUAGACACCAUCCCAGAGCCACUCAGGGAUAGAAUGGAGAUGAUCAACGUUUCUGGAUAUGUGGCUCAGGAGAAACUGGCUAUUGCUGAGCGUUACUUGGUGCCACAGCUGCGCUCACUCUGUGGUCUGACAGAGGAGAAGGCUUCAAUCUCAUCUGAUGCUCUCAGUCUGCUCAUCAAGCAGUACUGUAGGGAGUCUGGAGUCAGGAACCUGCAGAAACAAGUUGAAAAGGUUUUCCGUAAGGUGGCGUUCUGUAUUGUGAAUGGUGAAAAAACCGGAGUGAUGGUCACUCCUGAAAACCUGCAGGAGUUUGUGGGUAAACCUAUUUUCACAGUUGAUCGGAUGUAUGAUGUCACUCCACCGGGAGUGGUUAUGGGGCUGGCUUGGACCGCAAUGGGAGGAUCGACGCUGUUCAUCGAGACUUCACUCCGCCGGCCUCCAGGAGGAGCGGACUCUAAAGGAGAGGGCUCAUUGGAGGUCACAGGUCAGCUGGGUGAUGUUAUGAAGGAAAGUGCGAAGAUCGCUUCAACCUUCGCCAGAGCAUUCCUUAUGACUCAGGAACCGGAGAAUCACUUCCUCAUCAACUCCCACCUGCAUCUGCACGUCCCUGAGGGGGCAACUCCAAAAGAUGGACCAAGCGCUGGUUGCACUAUUGUCACAGCACUCUUGUCCCUGGCAAUCAACAAGCCCGUGCGUCAGAAUGUAGCCAUGACUGGUGAGGUGUCUCUGAUGGGCAAAAUACUACCAGUAGGAGGGAUCAAAGAGAAGACUAUUGCUGCUCGUCGUGCUGGUGUGACCUGUAUCAUCCUUCCAGUUGAGAACAAGAAAGAUUUCUCGGACCUGCCAGACUACAUCACUCAGGGCUUGGAGGUCCACUUUGUGGAUCACUACAGUCAAAUCUACCCCAUCGUCUUUCCACAGAACGAGUCUUAGCCUGUUUUCAACUAUAGCACCUGACCAAGAUUGAUGGCACUUGACAACUCAGUACCUAUUUAUUACCCAACAGCAAUAGCGGUGUCAUUCUCGUCGUACAUGGUGAAAUCAACUUGUUACUUUUUGACUGAAUGGACUCUGAGGUCCUGUUAUAGAGACUUGGCACUACAUCAUCUGUUGCAGUAUCACAGUGGAGCAGCAGCCUUGUUGGUCACUCGCACAUGAUCCUGUUUUGGUUACCAUAGAAGCCUUUACUGUGUGGGUACAGCUGUGACGGAGACAACAACACUGAACUGAAAUGUGCCAAAUAUGGACACGGAAAGUCAAAUGGUGACGGUGACACGUGACCAUGUCACUGAUUAGCAGAAGUCAGAUUGAGGACUUUGCUGCCAGGCAGCUUGUUCAUCCAGGUCUGUGGAUGGACUCUUUCAUAGAUUUUGUGCAUUUGUAGUAUACCAGAUGUCAGGAUGAUGAUGUUGAAAUCAACAAUAAACAGACAUAACUGAAUGCUGUUGCCUGUUCUAGCCCACCUCUGACUGUGUGAGGGCAUUUUAAUGGUUUGAUUAAGUUAAAUAGACUGGAAUUUAUAAACCACUUUUGUACUCUUGGUGAGCAAUUAAAGUGCUUGUUUCAACUUUAUAAUUUUAAAAAAGGAAGUAUGUAAUUAGAUGAAAAUGACAACAAAUGAUCCAAAAGUGUUGCAAACAGUCAAGUUUGAAUCAGACAUGAUGAGAAAGAUAAACGGAGUGUAAAAAAACUUUGAUCACUCAGAUUAAUGCUAUAUAGAUGCCAAAGCAUUCCAAAGAAUGAAGUGUUCUACUUUCAACUCGCGCAGCUUUUCUGCACCAAAGCUACUUCCUUCUUUUGCAUUUUUAAUAAAGUUAAAAACCCAUCAAAUAAUGACUUAAAGUAAGUUUCAAAGUAACUUUUUUUUCUUUUUAAAUUUCUGCUAUAUGACUGUCAUAGACCUAUGCAGUGUUGUAGCAAAAAAGGUGGCUACGAAGGUCUAUUGUGAUUCUAUUAUUGGAAUUGAAUUGAGCCCAUACACAGUUAGCACAGUGUCAGUGUACAUCUCAAAUACAACAGUUCACCACAAGAUAACCCACUGAAAACUCUGUGGAAGAGAUCAGGUUCAAAUUAGCUUUAACAUCCUGUCAGGCGUCUGUUUGGUCAAAUAAAAAGCUGCUGAUGCUACUCAAGCAACCCUGACAAGUAGAAGCUUAUGUAUGUUACAUGUAUUAUCCAUUAUGUAUUUUAAAGUGUGUGGUUAUAUGUCAGACACUACAGAUUUGCUCAAUGUAGAUAAUCUUGGGAUAAAAGUAAUUAAGAACUUGUUGCCUUUUCCUUUUUGUCUGGACAAGGAAACACAUGUUUGUCCUUAAAACUGUGCCUACAGGUAAAGGCAAAUAAAAUCUGGGCUUUGACUAAGCCACUUUGUAA